CUACAUGUGCACCAUGAAAAUGAUUCCCUGAGCGAAAACUUAUGGCACGAUUUUUAAUUGUACCAACAGCUAACUAAUGAUAUUGCAGCAUGAAGAAGGAGCAAGUUGUCAACUGUCAGUUUUCGGUUUGGUAUCCGAUAUUUAAGAAACAUACGAUUAAAAGUCUGAUUCUUCCACUGCCUCAGAAUGUAAUAGACUAUUUACUGGACGAUGGGACACUGGUAGUCUCUGGAAGUGAUCACAACACACAGCAGACACAAACUAACAACAGCGACUCAGAUGCAGAGGAAGACAUUCAGUGGUCAGACGAUGAAACAACUACAACAGUCACUGCUCCUGAGUUUCCAGAGUUCACCUCUAAAGUGCUGGAGGCCAUAAACAGCCUGGGUGGGCGUGUAUUCCCUAAACUCAAUUGGAGCGCACCACGGGAUGCGAACUGGAUUGCUCUGAACAGCUCCCUGCAGUGUCGCAGCCUCAGUGAUAUAUUUCUGCUCUUCAAAAGUUCCGACUUCAUCACGCAUGACCUCACGCAGCCAUUCCUUCAAUGCAGCGACCAGGACUCCCCAGACCCAGUCAUCAACUAUGAGCUGGUACUGAGGAAGUGGAGUGAGCUGAUUCCUGGCGGAGAGUUUCGCUGCUUUGUCAAAGAAAACAAACUGAUCGCUAUCUCCCCGAGAGACUACACGCAGUAUUACCAGCACAUCCUGAAGCAGGAGGAGCAGAUAAGCCAGGCCAUUCAGGACUUCUUCAGCCAGCACAUCCAGUACAACUUCCUGGAUGAAGACUUUGUGUUUGAUGUUUACAGAGACAGCCAGGGGAGGGUGUGGCUCAUCGACCUGAACCCAUUCGGAGAGGUGACUGACUCGCUGCUGUUCACCUGGGGCGAGCUGACGUCUGGAGAGGUCGCAGAGCAGCAGGAAGGCCCGGCGUUCCGCUACACCACCAGCGAGGUGACGGUGCAACCCAGCCCCUGUCUGAGCUACAGAAUUCCACGGGACUUUGUCGACCUCUCCACAGGAGAGGAUGCAUACAAACUUAUCGACUUCCUCAAGCUGAAGAAAAGCCAACAGGAAGAGUCUGAGGAGGAGGAGGAAGAGCAGGAGAACGCGCCACAGUGACAUCAGCGUCAUCGGCUCUCCAUAUAAAAUCUGCAUGAAGUGACUCUUCACCCUCUCUUCUGUUUCAGCACCAGUUCCUUCUACUUUUUUUUUUUUUUUUUAAAUCUCAGAAUGGUACGCGGUGUACCCGGGAUUUCCUAAAUAGCUCCUUCACAUUACUCGAAUGGAGCAUGUUAAAUUAGCAGAUCGCGUUACCCGUUCCUUAGGGACUCAUUUCCUUCGACACUGCCUAGCGCCUUAUUGCCGAUCUUAAUAGAGGCCUCUGCCGUGUCCAGGGGUUGGUUAUUUCACUUUUUGACUGUGUUACUGUAAAAUGAUGUAUUCAUUAACAAUGUAAAGAAUGUUUGCUUUUAUACUUUGAGCCUGUGGAGUAGUCUGUGUAUCUGUAUCACAUCUCAAAACAGUCUCUCUGGGUUUGAAAUCAAUUUGAUACACACACACACACACACACACACACACACAGUGUCAGUUUGUUUCUUUACCUAUGGGGCUGACAGACUUCUCUAUUUAACACUAAAGCCCUUCAUCACUGAGUCACCUUUAAUUUUCUUGCCAGAAAUCCCAGCUCCUCCAUCUUUCCCUGCCAAUUUCCUCUGAGCAGUUUUGACACAGUCAUUGCUCCCAGCGCUCAUUUGGAGUCCUGUUAUUUCUUUUUUCUCUCUCCCCUCAUCACGCAUCAAUGUAGACUGUUGCUCCAAAGAACACCAUUAAACUUCUUUGUCGUGUA